AUGGUAUUAAGUCGAAGUAGACGUGUUACGCUGGAUAUCAAAUCACUUAUUGUGAAUUGGAGGAAUUUAGCUACGGCACGUACCGAUCCUAUUCCUACCUGCCGAACAAAACCAUUGGAGAAAAUUCGAAAUAUAGGUAUAUCUGCUCAUAUUGACUCCGGAAAGACUACUGUUACGGAAAGAAUUUUGUACUAUGCUGGUCGAAUUAAGGAGAUGCAUGAAGUAAAAGGAAAAGAUGAAGUUGGAGCAACAAUGGAUUUUAUGGAUUUGGAAAGGGAACGAGGAAUCACCAUUCAAUCAGCUGCAACUUAUGUUGAUUGGAAUGGUGUAAAUAUUAAUAUCAUUGACACUCCAGGACAUGUUGAUUUUACGGUGGAAGUUGAACGAGCAUUACGUGUGCUGGAUGGUGCUGUAUUAGUACUUUGUGGUGUUGGAGGAGUACAAAGCCAAACAUUCACUGUCAAUCGACAGCUAGAACGUUACAAUGUACCGUUCAUUACAUUUGUCAACAAAUUGGAUCGAACCGGUGCAAAUCCAUUUAAAGCAUUAAAUGAUAUGCGAACAAAAUUGAAACAUAAUGCAGCCUUGUUGCAAAUACCGAUCGGAAAAGAACACGGCUUCAAGGGUAUCGUAGAUCUGAUCGACGAACAAGCAGUGUAUAACGACGAUUUGGAUGGAAGCAUAUUACGAAGAGAUGAAAUACCGAUUGAAUUGAGGAUGCAAGCUAAAGAUAUGCGUCAAGAAUUAAUAGAAUAUCUUGCAAAUGGUGAUGAUCUUAUUGCGGAACAGUGGCUUGGUGAUAUUACACCAACUAUGUGUCAAAUUAAAGAAGCUAUUCGUCGAGCUACAAUCAAGAGAACCUUUGUACCAAUGCUUGUUGGCACCGCAUUAAAGAAUAAAGGUGUCCAAUCGAUGAUUGAUGCUGUUGUUCAGUACUUGCCCAAUCCAUCAGAAGUGGUGAAUCAUGCUUCGACAUUAAACAGAGUGACCAGGAAAGAGGAACAAAUUGUGCUAAAUCCAGAGCGCAGCAACAGUAAGCCGUUUGUUGGUCUUGCAUUCAAAUUAGAGGCUGGAAAAUUUGGGCAGUUAACUUAUUUCCGUGUAUAUCAAGGGCAGUUAUGCCGCGGUGAUACUAUUUAUGCUUCAAAAGAUGGUAGAAAAGUACGCGUGCAAAAAUUGGUUCGAAUACAUGCCAACUUACUGCAGGAAAUCGAUACUGCAUUUGCUGGUGAUAUUUGUGCCACGUAUGGUUUAGAAUGUUUCUCAGGUGAAACAUUUUGCGGCGAAAGUGAUUGCGAGGUUUAUUGCGAAUCAAUGCAUAUUCCGGAACCAGUAAUUUCCAUGUCUAUUCGAUGUGUAAAUAACAAAGAUGGUGACAAAUUUAUGAAAGCUUUAAACCGUUUCACUAAGGAAGAUCCAACAUUCCGUAAGGAAUAUAAUACUGAAGCGCGAGAAACCGUAGUCUCUGGAAUGGGCGAAUUACAUUUGGAAAUCUAUGCUCAACGUAUGAAAAACGAGUUUAAUUGUCCUGUUAUAUUAGGUGCACCAACGGUUGCUUACCGUGAAACUCUUGCGAAGCCGUACAGAUUUUAUUAUCGACAUAAAAAACAAACUGGAGGUCAAGGACAGUUUGGUGAAAUUGAAGGAAUAAUAGAACCAUUGCCACCGAAUCGGAAUAUGGAAGUUGAAUUUACUGAUGAAACAAUCGGGAAUAACAUACCGAAAAAUCUUAUUGUACCGCUGAAGAAAGGCUUCAAUAUGAUGUUAAAUGAGGGUCCACUGAUUCAUACCAAAAUUGCUGGAAUCAAAGUUCGGCUUCAGGAUGGUAAAACGCAUGAAGUUGAUUCGACUGAUAUUGCUAUGAUAAAUACCAUGCAGAAUAUGAUGAGAGAAGCAUUUUUGAAAGCUGACUGGAAAUUGUUGGAACCUAUAAUGAAAGUGGAUAUAACUAUUCCAGAGGAGUUUCAGAAUUCAAUUUCGAGCACACUGUCAUCAGGUGCUAUCCUGUUGGAUUCAUCACUUUCUGGUGGCUAUUUGACACUAACAUGUGAAGCCCCGCUAAGAUCAAUGUUUGGUUACUCGACGAAAUUGCGGACAAUGACAAAAGGAAAAGGGGAAUAUGUAAUGGAAUUCGCCAGGUAUGCACCAUUGGCCCCAGAUAUUCAACAACAAAUUAUUAAAAAAUGGAAAGAAGCGGACGAAAAAGAAGACGAUAAAAGAAAAAAGAAAUAA